AUGUAUCUCAUGUCUCCCAUUCUCAUCAUGUUGUACAUUGGUAUCGACACAGACAAAAAGCUGGGCGUGCCUGGCUUCUGGCCCGACCCCGCACGUCUCAACCGAAUCCCUAAGGAGCCUGCGGAGAUCUCCCGCGAGCUGGAGCGAAUGAGACAGGUGCGAAUCGCCAAGCGAGAGCGACUCACCGAGCGAGCUAUGGCGCUGCUCAACGACGAGGACAAGGAGGAGCUCAAGAAAAUUCUCGAGUCCGGCUCCGUCAAGGGCUCCGUCUCGGAGCAGUACUACUACCCUCCCAAGAAGGAUCUCUCCCAGGCCGCCUUCAUGCCUGUCCCCGAGAACGCCACCCAAGCCGCCGCAGAAACCUCGGCCGAGCUCGCCAAAUAA